AUGCGACGGGUGGUCAGAUACGGAGCCUAUGCGGGCUUGUUUACAGCAGGCACGUACGGGGCCUUUUCUGCCUAUGCGCAAAUACGUACCAAGAGGUGGAUUGCACGCCGUGAAGUUGAAUCAGCCCGCCCUGACGGAAAUGAUCCGAUAGUGCAGUAUGCCGCGAUGCGAUUGCAUGGGCGCUUUGUGAAUCCCUUUCCAGAGUACCGACACCAGACUGUGUUUGAGUUUAUUUUUUGCCGUCUGCUGGAGCUGUUCGCUACGGAGCCUCGCGGAGGUGUGCCUAAGGAAAUGGCCGUUUUGAGGGCGAUGCUGCCUACAAUACAACCAGACUUCAAAGUGCUGGAAGGUAAAACGACUACAUGGACCAUGCCUUGGCCCAGUAACCGACUAACGCUUACCUGGAUCGGUCAGAGCUGCGCGUACGUUCAGCUGCCUGGCCGGAAACCAGUGAAUGUUUUGACAGACCCCAUGUUUUCGAACUCGGUGAUUAGCGAGAAAAUUGGCCCGCAGCGUCUUGUUCCAUCUGCGUGCAGUGUAGAGGACUUCCCCACGCCAGACGUUGUCCUGGUGUCCCAUGACCACCAAGACCACUUGGACUAUAAUACAGCUCGGAAAAUCGGUAAUUCAACAACAUGGAUUGUUCCAGAGGGCGUUGGAAAGCGCCUGCAGGAGCUUGGAAUCACCAAUUUCCACGAAAUGACGUGGUGGGAGAAAGUGCCUUUGCCCAAUGUUGAUCCCGCACUAGGCUACGAAGUCGCCUGCACUCCAGCUAUGCAUUGGUCCGGAAGACGGUUAUGGGACGCCAACCUGAGCCUUUGGUGCUCAUACAUGGUUCUUCGCCAUGGAAAGCCUCUGUUCUUCCAUGGUGGUGACACAGGUUAUGCUACAGGUUUAUUUUCAGGCAUUUCAAAAGUCUACGGCAAAGGAUGCCGGCUCGCAAUGUUACCCUGCGGUGCAUACACUCCUCAAUGGCAUUUGCGAUCCCAACAUAUGAACCCAGACGAUGCAGUGCGGGCAAUGCAGGAUCUGGGGGCACGAAAGCUGGUCGGUGUACAUUGGGGGACGUUUGUUAUGAGUGAAGAGCCGUUUUUUGAGCCCCCGCGGUUAUUGGCAGAGUCUGCCCAUCGCUUCAACCGCUCAGACGAUGUUAUGGCUCCAGUGUUUGGAAAGACUUUGGUGUUUAGAGUUUAA